CCGUACAGGAACCGGCCCAAGCAACAUCUGCCACACCUAGGUCGAACCCUUCCAACCCAUAAUUUACGAGGUGUAUAAACCUCCCUCGAUCCGAAACAAUGAUGGUCGAUCCCUUCGAAGUGCGGAUGCGCUUCACGGCGCAGCUGCAGCACCUCAACGCCUCGAUCGCCUCGUCCCAGAAAGCCGCGCACUAUGCGCUCAAGUACCGCGACAUGGACGAGGAUCUGCACUCGUGUAUUCUGGAGCAAUUAGAACGAAACAACAUGAACAACCGCGCGAACAUCAUGUACUUCAUCGAGCAGUUCUGCGAGAUGGCCACGAAAGAGGACCACGCGCCGUACGUCCGCAUGAUCCAACGCGACAUCAUCCGCAUCGUCGACACCGUCGCGCCGCCCGACGGCUCCGGCGCCGCGAACGUCAAGCACGUCCGCCGGGUCCUGAACGGGCUGCAGACGAAGGAGAUUCUCUCCGCGGCGACGGUGUCGGAGAUCGACGCCGGGCUGAAGGAGCGCGAGACGCACCCGGCGCAUUUAGAUCUUGAGGCGGAGGAUGGGGCGGAAGGCGAGGCGCGGGCUAAGGGCGCGACGCCGCGGAGCACCAGGGGCAGGGUCGAUAAGCGGCAGAUCGAGCAGCGGAUCGAGGAGGACCGCGAGCGCAACAAGCGGCUUCGUGAGAGUAUGUGGACGGUGAGCGGGGAUGAUGGCGAUGAGCAUGGCAGGUUCUGGGAUGAGGCGAGUGAUAUUGGGGAGGAUGACUUUUUGGCCGCGAAGGAGGAGCUGAUGGAGCGCAAUCAGAUGGUUGGGGCGAGGUGAUGGUGAUGGACCUGGAGACUUGUGGCGUUGGUGCGGGCUUUUGCCACGGUUGCCAGUCGCAUAUUCUGUGAUUUGGUCGAAGGUGUGCUCUAUAUUCGUGGGUAUGGUUCAAAGGAGUUUUGGGGUUUGGAGACAUAUGCAUACAUACUACAUACAGCAUGGUUUGGCGUUAAUUAGUCGCACUUUUUGUGAAGAUUGCUUAUAGCUCCUAAACAUCUUACAUCAGAGACUCGAGAUAGUCAGG